AUGUGGUCUUGGGCCGGCACACUAGGCGCCCGCGUGCCGCGCGCGGCAGCGGUAGCACCCCGCUCGCAUACCCUCCGGCUUGCACACACAUGGCAAGCGCACCACCGCCUGCCCCGCCCACACCCACCGGCGCCUGAACGCCUCAAGCCCCUGUCGCCGACCUACUACACGGCCAAGCCGUCGUUCAUGGACACCCUGCACAUGAUCGACCAGCUCACGCGCGAAGUCAAGCGCGAGCUCGAAAAGGCGUGCGUCCUCGCACCCAACGCACCGCCGCCCGCUGCAUCCGGCAAGCCCAUGACCUGGAUGUCCCGCGAUCGCCUCGGCAGUCGACUCGGUCUCACGCUGCGUGCGUCGCAGCACCGCAGCGUCACCUCGCGCCUCUCGCUCCUGCACCGAUACAAAAAGGUCGCGGCCGAUGCCUUCCUCGGGACCUCGUCUUUCGCCGCGGGCGCAUCCACGCACCAGCGCGAUCUCGUGCACCAGAUCAUGGAAGUCCUCGACUCGUACGCCGACAUGCGCUCCACCGACGACAGCGCAUCGUCCUUCGUGCACACAGGCACCCCGUCUCGCGGCCUGAUCGACGAGCGCGGCGUGGCAUACGCGCGCGGCCGCCGAAAGGUCAGUCACGCCCGCGUCUGGCUCGUACGCGCGCAGCCUUCGAGAUUGGGCGAGAUGCUCAUCAACAACGCGCCCCUGCACCAGUACUUUUCCCGCACGGCUCACCGCGAGAUCGUGACGUGGCCGCUCCGACUGUCCGGCAUGCUCGGUAUGUACAACAUCUUUGCCAUCGUUCGUGGCGGCGGCGCUUCUGGCCAAGCCGGCGCCCUCGCCCACGGCGUCGCCAACGCCCUGGUGGCGGCCCUCGGCACCGCAGAGGGCGAAAAUGCUACCAACAUUCAGUUGCAUGUACAGCAUCUACUGGCACAAGACGGCGUCCUGAUCCGCGAUCCACGCAUGGUCGAGCGCAAGAAGCCAGGUCUGGCCAAGGCCCGCAAGGCGUACACAUGGGUCAAGCGCUAG